GUGAUAUAGCUGUGUCAGCCUCCUUGUCUACUGGAUGUCUGUAACUGCACGGAGGAGACUAUAUUUAAGAUCUGAUAUCUGGAGGGUAAUGACUCCAGCACUUACUUAUGGACAGAAUGGCUGUUAAUGCUUUCUUCACUAGCCCAGAAGAUUUUGAAAGAUAGAUGGAUCUGUGAUGCACUUUUGUAAGACAGGAAAUGCAAUUUUUGGGGGUCUCUGGAAAUAGAAAGGUCAUGCAGCUUGGAACCGGUGAGACAUUACAAUCUUUAAGUCAUCAGAGAAAUGAUGAAGAAGCUGUUGUGGAUAGAGGUGGAACUCGCUCCAUUCUCAAAACUCAUUUUGAAAAGGAAGAUCUAGAAGGUCAUCGAACAUUGUUCAUUGGUGUUCACGUGCCACUGGGUGGAAGAAAAAGUCAUAGGCGCCAUAGGCACCGUGGGCAUAAACACAGAAAAAGAGACAGAGAACGAGAUUCAGGCUUAGAAGAUGGGCGAGAGUCUCCUCCUUUUGAUACUCCAUCACAAAGGGUGCAGUUUAUUCUUGGAACAGAAGAUGAUGAUGAGGAACACAUUCCUCAUGAUCUCUUUACUGAGCUUGAUGAAAUUUGUUGGCGUGAAGGAGAGGAUGCUGAGUGGAGGGAGACAGCAAGGUGGUUGAAGUUUGAAGAAGAUGUAGAAGAUGGUGGGGAGAGGUGGAGCAAACCAUAUGUUGCCACACUGUCACUUCAUAGCUUGUUUGAGCUGAGAAGCUGUAUCCUGAAUGGCACAGUUUUGUUGGACAUGAGAGCUAACUCAAUAGAAGAAAUUGCAGAUAUGAUUCUGGACCAGCAGGUGGGCUCUGGGCAGCUCAGUGAGGAUGUUCGUCACAGAGUGCAUGAGGCAUUAUUGAAACAGCAUCACCAUCAGAACCAGAAGAAACUGAGCAAUAGGAUCCCGAUUGUAAGAUCCUUUGCUGAUAUCGGAAAGAAGCAAUCUGAGCCACAUUCCAUGGAUAAAAAUGCAGGUCAGGUUGUUUCCCCACAAUCUGCUCCAGCCUGUGUUGAAAACAAAAAUGAUGUGAGCAGAGAAAAUAGCACUGUUGACUUUAGCAAGGUUGACCUACACUUCAUGAAAAAGAUACCACCUGGAGCUGAAGCAUCUAAUAUCUUAGUUGGUGAGCUGGAAUUCCUGGACCGUGCAGUUGUUGCUUUUGUUAGGUUAUCACCUGCGGUGCUGCUUACAGGACUAGCUGAAGUUCCAAUUCCAACUAGAUUUUUGUUUAUUCUUCUUGGACCAUUGGGUAAAGGGCAACAGUAUCAUGAGAUUGGAAGAUCGAUUGCAACACUGAUGACAGAUGAGGUGUUCCAUGAUGUUGCUUACAAAGCAAAAGACCGUAAUGACUUGGUGUCUGGAAUUGAUGAGUUUCUUGAUCAGGUUACAGUUCUCCCUCCUGGAGAAUGGGACCCAACAAUACGAAUAGAACCACCUAAAAAUGUUCCCUCUCAGGAGAAGCGUAAGAUUCCAGGAGUGCCAAAUGGGACUGCGGCUCAUGGGGAACCAGAGCAUCCUGGAGGACACUCUGGACCAGAACUGCAACGCACUGGAAAAUUUUUUGGUGGAUUGAUUUUAGACAUAAAAAGAAAGGCUCCAUUCUUCUGGAGUGACUUCAGGGAUGCUCUCAGUCUACAGUGUCUGGCAUCGUUUUUGUUUCUCUACUGUGCUUGCAUGUCUCCUGUCAUCACAUUUGGUGGUCUACUGGGAGAAGCAACUGAAGGUCGUAUAAGUGCAAUAGAAUCGCUUUUUGGAGCAUCUAUGACUGGAAUUGCCUACUCUCUGUUUGGUGGACAGCCUCUCACUAUACUUGGCAGCACAGGACCAGUUCUAGUGUUUGAGAAGAUUUUAUUCAAAUUCUGCAAAGAGUAUGGGUUAUCAUACCUCUCCCUGAGGGCUAGCAUUGGACUGUGGACUGCAAUCCUGUGCAUCAUCCUUGUUGCAACUGAUGCGAGCUCCCUAGUCUGUUACAUUACCCGGUUUACUGAAGAAGCUUUUGCUUCUCUUAUCUGCAUAAUUUUCAUUUAUGAGGCCUUAGAGAAGCUAUUUCAUCUCAGUGAGACAUAUCCGAUCAACAUGCAUAAUGAUUUGGAUCUGCUGACUAAGUACUCAUGCAAUUGUGUGGAACCAGAGCAUCCUAGCAAUAAAACCUUACGAUACUGGCAGGACUACAAUAUAUCUGCAUCUGAUGUGCCAUGGGGGAACCUAACUGUGUCAGAAUGUAAAAAAUUUCAUGGAGAGUUUGUUGGACGAGCCUGUGGUCACCAUGGUCCUUAUGUUCCAGAUGUCCUCUUCUGGUCUGUCAUCUUAUUCUUUUCUACAGUAACUCUGUCAUCCACACUGAAGCAGUUCAAAACUAGCCGAUACUUCCCAACAAAGGUACGAUCUGUUGUCAGCGACUUCGCUGUCUUUCUCACUAUUUUGUCCAUGGUUUUAAUUGACUAUGCCAUUGGGAUUCCAUCACCAAAACUACAAGUUCCAAAUGCUUUUAAGCCUACCAGAGAUGAUCGUGGAUGGUUUAUUACUCCUUUGGGGCCUAAUCCUUGGUGGACAGUGAUAGCUGCUGUAAUUCCAGCUCUGCUUUGUACUAUCCUUAUUUUUAUGGACCAGCAGAUUACAGCUGUCAUUAUAAAUAGAAAAGAGCAUAAACUAAAGAAAGGAUGUGGAUACCAUCUCGACUUACUCAUGGUAGCAGUCAUGCUUGGAGUGUGCUCCAUUAUGGGAUUGCCAUGGUUUGUUGCAGCCACUGUCCUCUCUAUUUCUCACGUGAAUAGCUUAAAACUGGAAUCAGAGUGUUCUGCUCCAGGGGAGCAGCCGAAAUUUCUUGGAAUCCGGGAGCAAAGAGUCACAGGGCUCAUGAUUUUUGUACUUAUGGGCUCGUCUGUCUUUUUGACAAGUAUUCUGAAGUUUAUCCCUAUGCCAGUACUUUAUGGAGUAUUCCUUUACAUGGGUGCUUCAUCUCUAAAGGGAAUUCAGCUUUUUGAUAGGAUAAAAUUAUUCUGGAUGCCUGCAAAGCAUCAGCCAGAUUUUAUUUAUCUGAGGCAUGUUCCUCUUAGAAAAGUCCAUCUCUUCACUGUAAUUCAGCUGAGUUGUCUUGUUCUCCUGUGGAUUAUAAAGGUUUCAAGAGCUGCCAUUGUCUUUCCCAUGAUGGUCCUAGCUUUGGUAUUUGUCCGAAAACUCAUGGAUUUCUUUUUCACUAAACGGGAGCUCAGUUGGUUAGAUGAUUUGAUGCCUGAGAGCAAGAAAAAGAAACUAGAAGAUGCUGAGAAAGAGGAAGAACAAAGUAUGUUAGCAAUGGAAGAGGAAGGGACUGUUCAGUUACCACUAGAAGGACAUUACAGAGAUGAUCCAUCCGUGAUAAACAUUUCUGAUGAAAUGGCAAAAACUGCUGUGUGGAAGACACUGUUGAUAUCCUCGGAGAAUGCAAAAGAUAAGGAGUCAAGCUUUCCUUCUAAAAGUUAAGGAAUUAUUCCCAUGAAAACUGUGCUGAUAUCAGACAAGAGAAGAAAGCUGACUCAGGGAAAGGUGUCGACCGGGAGACUUGUCUAUGACUUGUUCUUCAGUUAUUUUUUUUGCAAAUGAAUGAAAGGAGUGCCACAACCACUAGACAUAACUGAUUUGAUCUUGUAACUUUUGUCUUUCAUCUCAAACUAGCACAGGUAAUGUAGUGCAAUGUUUGUCUCAUUACCCUUUGUGUACAUUGUCUGCUAUCUGUGCAAAAGUCUGCAGUAGCCAAUGCAAAAAAUCUUCAUUUCCUUUGCUGGUGUUGGCCGUUUAACAGUAUUCAUAUCAUAAAUUUAACAAGCAAAGUUUCUUUCAAAUUCAACUUACCUGUUAAUAGGUUUGUACUGUAUUUUGCUACUUUUCCUGUGUGAGAAGACUUAAUCUUCACUCAAGGUGAACUUGAAACAAUUGUUCCAAUUUUUUUGUUUAAUCAUUUUACUGGAGGAAGUGAUUUUAGGAGACCGACCUUGACUAGUUGAGAUUAAAGAAGUUUUUAAAGUGAGAACUGAUCUUACCCUGUGAACAAACUCCCAAGUGUAAUCCUUUUCUCCUCAAAUUGUCAUUCUGAAGUCAUGGAUUACUCUUGCAAUGGCAAUUGCAGGGUCAGAUUCUGUAUUUGUGCAGUUUUUCUUGAUUUAAUACAGUGUAUUUAAUAUUCAAAUUUGUAUGUAACUGGAACAUAGUCAUAUAUAUAGUAUAUUAAAAAUAUCUAUUAUAAACAUUCCGUCACCUUAGUUGAAGAAUACCACCACAUCCUUUGAUAUGCAACAUUGGUACAGUAUUUGUAAAAAUGCAAUCUGUGAUUACAGUAUCUUGUAUUGUACGAAUGUCACCAUGGUAGGCCAAAUAACUGCAUUACAUCAUUACUGAAUCCGUUAUUUUAUAAUAGGGAAAAUUUUAUAGCUGCAAACUAUAACCCCCAUGCAGUUAUAUCACCUGCCCAGUCAUUUUCUUCUUUUUUCCUAAAAUACAUUUAUAUUGUUUUGUCUCUACUAACAAAUGUGGAACUCUUAAUUCUGGAGAUUGCGUGUACUUAGAUGGAUAUCCUGUUAUUGGUUUUGUUACAGCCAUUAACUGUUCCAUAAAGCACAUAUUGAUUAAAAGAUUAAAAACAACAUUGCAAAGUAAAAUGUGGCUUUAAAGCCCUUUGCAAAGACAUUUUUCAUAACUGAUUUUCUUAUUACUUGAUCCAUCAAGCUUUUCUUUUGUGUAAAACAAGGACUGUGAGAUUAGGUAUUGAAUUAAUAGAAAACGUGGAACAAAAGUUUUAUGGAUUAUUUGAAAUUUACCAAUUUUAAAAUUUUUUUAGAUAAAUUUUUAAAUGAUUAAUUAAGACUAACUGUCACUACUGCUUAGGAUUCAAAGAAUGAGAAUCUACACCAUUGUGAUCAUUAUAGCAACUUAGUGACAGGGCUUUAACAUUCGCUAGAUUACCAAAACAUGCUAAUCAUCCCAUAGCCCUCGUGUGAAUAACUUUUCAUAUCCAAUACAUUGAAAGCAUUCCUUCUAAUGUUUUUGCGUGAGAGUGUGUAUUUACUUUUUACUACUUCAGCCAUAAACAAUAACUGCAUUUUGCUGCAAACCACUAGGGUUACUGUUCUAAGUUUUUCCUAGCAUUAUCAAAGCCCACUUAAAGGCCAUUUCUAUGGGGGAAAAACAUCUAAUGGACACAAAGGAGGAUUUACAUUUAAUUAAAUGUUUGUAUUUAUAAAUUUAGGAAAAAAAUGCUGAUGCAUUAAGGUUAAACGCUUUUUUUUGUGUACUUGAUGAUAAAUUGUAAGAUUUCAAUUGUUUUAAGGUUAGUAUAGAAGUUCAAUACUGGUUUAUCCUGAAAGCAGCCUGAUGGUGUUUUAAUAUGUUGCUGACUUUGUUACAGAUAAUGUAUACAAUCAAAAUGUAUUAGUUUCACUUGACCAGCUCUUAGAAUAUUAAGAAAUCAGUGUAUUCAGUGGCAUUCUGUACUUUUGUUCAGUAUUCCAGAGUGUUUUAUUUUUUUUAAACAAACUGUCACUCUAUUCUUGUGUGAAUUUAAAUGCUAUUCUGAUGUUAAUCUCAACGUUCUGAAUCACACACAAUAUAAAGAAAAUGUAGUGCUAUAUUUACUUCUAAUUUCAUAUUCUUGCUCAAAAUUACUUAAAUUCUUGGAUGUAAUUUAUUACAAGAGUUUAUGUGUACAUGUGAAUAGACUAUUGUGUUUUUCACAAUUAAGAACUGUUACGUGAAAAUAAAUAUUUAUCCUAACUAAUUUUCAAUUUUUA